AUGCAGGUCCAGAGGAAGCUGGCCGAUCUUCUUGGCGCGUUUGAUUGGCUGAGGUACAACCCCACACCUGCAGCCCGUUUGCGCGUGUCGCGUAAAGUGAAGCGCGUCAACCGCGUCGAAGCCCAAAUUCUAUUAACUCCCACGACAGCCAUGGCCGACACCGUCUACGAGCUGAACGCCCAGUUCGGCAGCCCUGACAAGCCUCUCGAGCCCGAUGUGCUUGCCGAGCUGCAGUCCAUCAUGCGGCUGCACUCGCUCUCGGUCCAAGACCUCUUCUACAAAUGGGAGGCAUACAGCAUCAAGAUGGGCUUAGAUGCCAAUGCUGUGGCGCUCGACAUCGUUCGUCAGUUUAAGCAGAACCUCCAGGACGAGCUGGAGCGUACUACGAGGGGAACUACCCGUGGUACUCACAACGUGCAUGUCAAGACCGAGAAGAGGACGGGGGCUGCACCCAGAGCGGCGAAUAAGGGUAGUGAUGUCUUUGGCAUGAUCGAUGGUUUGACUACUCCAGCGCCGGGAAGGACUAAGCAGAUUGGCUCAGCCCGCAAGACGCCCGCCGUUUCGCGGGUUAAAGCCGAACCAGCCAGCUCGCCCAUGAAAGUAGACGAUGCGCUCAAUGCAAUGGGUGCCAUCCCCCCCGCCUCAUUUGCCGACCGCCCCAACGCAGGCGAAGUCCUAGAGAUUCUCAACGAGCACUUAACUGCCGCGGAACCGCCCAUCGCCCCGUUUCCCGAGCCACGCAUCAAACUAACCGCCGCAAGCGACCAAAAGAAGCUGGGUUACCGCCCCAUGGCCAUGAAACUCUCCGAAGCAAGCGAGAUCCUCGACGACAGGAUAGAAGAAUUUAUCACCCUCGUCCGCGAGCACCACAACAUCGACGACUCGGCCUUCGGCAACCCCGCCGCGCAAAGCACCUCCGAGAUUGUCGCCGUCGGCCGCAUCGCAUGCGACUCGCUGGAAGGCAAGCUCAACCCGUCCUCCGUCGUCCUCGAGACCUCUCGCCGCACCGGCGCCGGCUUGCGCGUGCCGCUUGGCCUGUCCCGCCUCAAGUCUUACCAGCUCUUCCCUGGACAAAUCAUCGCGUGCCGGGGGAUCAACAGCUCCGGGAAGGAAUUUACCGCCCAUGAAAUUCUUUCUCUGCCCCUUCUUCCCAACGCCGCGUCCUCUCCGGACGUCCUGCAAUCACACAUCUCCCGCUUGCGCGGUAGGGACCCUGACGCAAUGGACACCGACGACGCUUCUCCCGCCCCCCCCCUAAACAUAAUGAUCGCCUCCGGGCCAUACACCGCAGACGACAACUUGCUGUUCGAACCCCUCGCCACGCUCUGUGCCGAAGCCGCCGACUCUUACACCGACCUCCUCCUUUUGACAGGGCCCUUCCUGGAUGCAGAACACCCCCUCCUCUCGACCGGCGACUUCGAUUUACCAGCCGAAGCAAACAUCGACCCAGAUAAAGCAACCAUGUCGACGGUGUUCCGGUGUCUGAUCAGCCCACACUUCCAUCGGCUGGCAAGCGCCAACCCGAGCGUUACUGUGCUGUUGGUGCCGUCGGUGAGGGAUCUAUUGGCGAAGCAUGUCUCCUGGCCGCAGGAGGCGUUCUCGAGGAAGGAGUUAGGUCUGCCGAAGUGCGUCAAGAUCGUGGGGAACCCUUCUACGGUCAACGUUAACGAGAUGGUGCUCGGCGUGAGUAGCCAGGAUAUCCUUUGGGAGCUGCGGCACGAAGAGCUUGUGUCAGCUGGCGUCGGGACGGGAGAUUCUCUGUCGAGGGCUUGCCGGUAUCUCAUCGAGCAGAGGCAUUUCUUCCCUUUGUUCCCGCCUACGGAUCGGAGGAAGCUGCCUAAGACGGGAGGAGGCAUACCCGGGACGGAGGGGGCGGGAAUUCCGCCAGGAGCAAUGCUGGAUAUUAGUUAUUUGAAGUUGGGGGAGUUUUUGCAUGUCAGGCCGGAUGUGCUUGUGGUGCCGAGUGCUUUGUCGCCUUUUGCGAAGGUGGUCGAAAGCGUCCUCGUCAUCAACCCCGGUACGCUGUCCAAGCGUCGCGGCGCGGGUACCUACGCAAAGAUGCUAGUAUACCCUCCAAAGCUGGACAACCAGCUACGGGAUGGUAUGGUAGCACAUAGGAUAUUUGAGAGGGCACGAGUUGAGAUCACCAGGAUUUGA